CGUGCCUUCUCUUCAUGAUCAAGACUUGAACAUCGAUCUGCGGUAUCAUGUAGGUGAUCGAUUUGCCUGUGUUUCUGGCAUGAUGGGUCUUUGCUCUGGUCUCUAUCCACCGAUCACCACGAUCGUAUCCAGGGUGUAAACUGUGUCCAACUAGAUCCAUGAUCCUCAGGUGUGUUGGAUGAAUAUAAGUUGGUAUCAAUUUUUUGAAGUUUGUUAUACCACUUAUGUUCCAUUUCAUGUGCAGCUCUCUCUCCCAAACCAACUCGUGCUUGUCCCAUCAUGGCUCAUACAACAGUUGCCCUGCUCGGCACUUGCGAUACCAAAUUAGAGGAGCUUCUUUACCUCCGCUCCGAAAUUCUUCGAAGCCAGAAUCUGAGGGUGAUACUAAUUGACGUUGGAAAUAAAUCGUGUGAGCAUUCUGCUAUUAACAUCAGUCAUGGCGAUCUCAUCUCUCGCUACUCAACUUCAGCGGAGGCAGGCUUCACUAAGAAGCCGGAAGACAACACACGCGCAGACAUGGUCAGGCUGAUCUCCACCUGUGCAUCAUCUUGCGUCAGAGAGCUCUUCCAUUCUUCCUCCAUCUCUGGCAUCAUAUCGAUUGGAGGAUCUAGCGGAACAUCUUUGGUGGCGACUGUUAUGCGGGACAGCCUCCCAAUCGGCUUCCCAAAGCUAAUUGUCUCAACGAUGGCCAGUGGGGAUAUCAGUACCUUUGUCGGCGAAACAGAUAUCUCUAUGAUGUACAGUGUUGUUGAUAUCGCUGGCUCGAAUUCGAUUCUUCACAAAAUUUUGUCAAAUGCCGCCGGAGCUAUUACCGGCAUGUCGCUGAGUUACCAAGCUCACAAGGAGGGUAACAACACCGGCGUCAAAGAGAAAAAGAAAGUCCGGGUUGGUGUGACCAUGUUCGGUGUAACGACACCCUGUGUUGAUGAAAUACGACGUCAUCUUGAAGCUCAUCAUGGCUAUGAAGUUUACGUCUUCCAUGCCACGGGCGCUGGUGGCAGAGCAAUGGAACGCCUGGUUAGAGAGAACCUAUUAGACGCCAUUCUCGACCUUACCACGAGCGAAAUACCGGAUGAGAUUGUCGGUGGCGUACUCACUGCUGGUCCAAAUCGUCUCGAAGCGGCAGCCAAAGCCGGGAUCCCACAGGUUGUGAGCGUAGGAGCCUGUGAUAUGGUCAAUUUUGGUCCCAGAGGGAGCCUUCCACAGCGAUUUGCUCAUCGUAAUAUCUAUGAGCAUAAUCCUUCAGUCACCCUGGUUAGGACUUCUGAGGAUGAGUGCAGAAAAAUUGGAGCUUUUAUUUCGGAAAAGCUGAGGGAAAAUGUGAAAUCACCCCAACUGGUGCAGGUAUGGCUUCCGACCGGUGGUAUAAGCAUGAUAGAGAGUCCUGGAGGGCCUUAUCAUGACAGCGCUGCCGAUGAGGCACUGUUCACUGCCAUUGAGAAGGGCCUAGAAGAAAGCGGUAUUGGGGUGAAAAGGGAUCAAAGAUAUAUCAACGACCCAUCUUUUGCUGUGGAUAUAGCGGAACAGCUGGUAGAAUUUGUGAAACGUUCCGAAGGAAGGCAGUAAUUCCUUGGAAGAAAAUUAUCUGUCGUCGGGAGGAAAGAAGUCUCGAAGACUUCGACAUUUUGCGAUGGUAUUUUUUAGUGGCAGCAGAAAUUCUCUUACUUGCCAGCCUCACAACGCAUGUCCGAAAGGAAAAGCAACAAGCAAAUGGAACUGUUGCGGUCGAUUGGUACGGAUACCAGCCUGAAGCUUAUCGUGUAUAUACGGCUCUGGCCACCCAGAAAGCAAUGAAGUUAUUCCACUGAUCUCUAUACUCGAUGACAGCAAACAGACAUCAUGCCAUAGUUAGUCCCAUCCGCAUAAUUUAAUCAUGUACGUCCAAGUCUAUCGGUCC